AUGACGGUGGCAAGUGGUGUAUCGGAAGAAAUUAAGCCAGAGAGUGUGUCGCUGUGUCCUCUAGGCACAGGAGCUGUCCCUGAGCAGCCAGAGCUGCUGUGUAUAUUUGGGACGGGGGAUUUAGGGCGUUCUCUGGGCCUAUGCCUGCUCCAGUCUGGAUACAGAGUGGUGUACGGCAGCCGCAGACCUCACAGCUGUGGCCCUUUGCCUCAGGGAGCUCAGGUGAUGAGCCAUGCAGCAGCAGCACUGUCAGCCAGACUGAUAUUUAUGUGUGUUCACAGAGAACACUACGGAUUCCUGGGGACCAUGGCACCUCAUCUGGAGGGAAAGGUGUUGGUGGACCUUAGUAACAACCUGAAGAAAGGCAUGUACCAAGAAGCUAACGCUAUCUACCUGCAGAGUCUGGUCCCUGGAGCUGCUGUGGUGAAAGGCCUUAACACGCUGUCUGCCUGGGCCCUGCAGAAUGGACUUCUGGCAGGAAAACAGGUGUACCUGUGUGGGAACAGUGCUGAGGCAAAACAGUCAGUAGCAGAAAUGGCCACCAAGCUGGGCCUCACAGUUCUUGAUAAGGGGUCUCUGUCAGCAGCCAGAGAGCUCGAGGACUUCCCCCUGCGGCUGUUCCCAGAGUGGAGGCUGCCUCUUCGUGUGGCCAUUGGCCUCACUGCCUUCUUCUUCUUCUAUUUGCUCAUUAGAGAUGUCAUCUAUGCGUAUGUUGAAAAGAAGAAUGACAUCUCCUACAGAAUCAUGGUGUCCUUGGCUAACAAGGUGUUUCCUAUUGUGUCGCUCAUCAUGUUGUCUCUGUGCUACCUGCCUGGUGUUAUAGCUGCCUUUCUGCAGCUCUACAGAGGAACUAAGUACAGACGUUUUCCUGAUUGGCUUGACCGCUGGAUGCUGUGCAGAAAGCAGAUGGGUCUGCUUGCACUGGGCUUUGCUUUUCUCCAUGCCAUCCAUACAUUCAUCAUUCCUAUUCGCUAUGCUGUCAGGCACAAACUCAUCUCACGCGUGGUGGAUGAGAUGAAGAACAAUAAAACCACCCCGUUUUACUUUGAUAAUGAAGAGGCAUGGGCCACAGACUCGUUCUACGUGCUGGGAAUCCUGGGCUUCUUUCUUUAUGUCCUCCUAGGACUAACAUCUCUGCCCUCUGUGGGAGGCUCGCUUAGCUGGAGAGAGUUCAGCUUCAUUCAGUCUAAGCUGGGCCACCUGACGUUGUUAAUAUGCACGGCACAUGGCUACAUUUAUGGAUGGAACAAAUUUCUCAGUCCCGCAACCUACAAAUGGUACACUCCUCCUGGCUACAUGCUCUGUCUGGUGGUGCCUACAGUGGUGCUGGUGCUUAAGACGCUGCUCCUCUUCCCCUGUGUGGACCGCACUCUCACUCGCAUUCGACAGGGCUGGGAGAGGACCCAGCCGAGGGAAGAGUUGGAUGAGAUCAAGGCCACCAACCUAUGA